CCCAAAAAACCUUCACCGCAGUGAAGUAGAGUUCAUGACUUGUUCAAGGCGGCCUGUUGUUAAGACGUCAUGAGUCAAAAAAAAAUAAUAACUGAGGCGUUAUAAACGGACUGGACAUUAGCGGCCAUGAUUUUUCCCUGUGAUUUGUGGCCGGCCCUAUUCCAAGGCAAUCCCCAUGCAAACAAUAUCACCCAACAGGCUUUGCGGGGCCUUGACCCAAUGUUAACCUUCGCUCCAAUCGAGAGGGAACCAACCAUUGUCAGCCCAGCUACAUGUAUUUGCCUAGGUAGUUCAUUGACCAAUCAAGUUGCCGGAAUCCCACUGCAAAAGAAGAAUAGAACCAGAACGAUAGAAAGAGAAGGGGGGAAAAAAAAGUCCAAAGAAUCAUGAAAAUCGGUCGCACCAAGUGAACCCACACAAUUUGCAUAGGUUUAGUUCGUUCGUUUUUUCUAUGCAACCGUUGGACUUGAUUUUUUUUUACUUUUACAUAUUUUGGUAUUGUUGGGACGUGAGCGAUGAAUAGUGGGUGUUAACGCUGAAUGCCGAUGCAUUAUUAAGAGCUGGUCUGAUAGCGUGGUAGACACACUUGGAUGGUGUAUACCCUGGACGAAACAUCGCACCCCGGGAAUCAGUGCGUUGCUAGAAGGCGUGACCCAAACGGAGCGUUGGUUCUUUUUUAGCCGGCCGCUAUGGUUCUUACCUGUGGGCCUGAGAGUCGGGAGAAUGAACACCAGAAUGGCACGAUAAGUUCGCUAUCCAGCAGUAGUGAAGUCCUACAGAAGCCGGUCUCAACGCAACCGACGCAGUCACCGAUGCAGCCACCACUACAACAAAACUCCUGCUGCUUGGUGUGCGGCGACAAAUCCUCAGGGUUCCAUUAUGGUGUCUUGGCCUGCGAGGGCUGCAAGGGCUUCUUUCGGAGGAGCAGCAAGCGUGACAAAGAAUACACGUGUCGCCACGGCAACGGGCACUGCACAAUAGGCCGCAUGAACAGAAACCGUUGCCAACACUGCCGCUUCAAGAAGUGCUUGGCCGUGGGCAUGUCAAGAGAAGGUAACUGUAAGACCGUGAGAUACGGUCGCGUCCCGCAACGCACGAAGGUCAAAGGCGGCUCGGGCGCCACGUCGACGGCGCGGAAGAAGAGCACGGACUCGGAGUACGGCGUCAGCGACGGCGACGACAUUCCACACUUGCCCCACCAGCCGCCACCCAUGAACGGGCAGACGACCUAUGACCUGAGCGUGGUGCAGCCGGGGGGCGACACGCUACGCUUGAAGCAGGCGGAGAUGUACGACCUGGUCAGCACCGUGUCCUACGCCUUCCGCAUGACCUGCAUGUACAGCCCCAACAAUGCACCGUAUCUCAGAGAUUUCGCUUUCACUCAGGACAACUGCCAGCUCUCGACGACCAACGGCGACAGCAUGGACAUGAUGGGCCGACGGACGUGGCUCCAGCUGGCCGAGCUCCUAGACCAAGCCGUCAGCGGUCAAGUCGAGUUUGCCAAGGCCAUCCCCGGCUUCCGCAACCUCUCCCAGGACGACCAGCUGCUGCUCCUCAAGGCCAGCUUCUUCGAGCUCUGGGUCAUACGGGUCUCCCCCUUGGUCAUGUCCAUGAGCCCCCAGACCAACGGGUACAUGUCAGGAGGGAUGGGGGUCCAGGGGCACCCGCCGCAAGCGGCGAUGGCCGGCAGCCCCACUGGCGGCUCGCUGCUCUGGCAGCAGCUCUGCCAGCUGCUGUCGCAGGACCUGUUCGGGAUGAUGUCCACGUUUGCGCACGAGAUGAACCAGCUGUUUCUGCUAGAAACGGAGGUGUCACUGUUUGCUGCCUCGCUGCUGACCGCCAGAGAUAUACCAGGUUUGGCCAACCCAACCCUAGUCGCUGAGCUUCAAGAUCAACUCUUCGAGGCGCUACGCAUCCAAGUGGAGGGCAACCACCCACCCAGCAACCCACCCUUCAUUAGCACCCUAGUCAACAAGGUGCACGUCCUGCGACGCAUCGGCGCCAUGCACCGCGACUACGUCAUGGGCUGCGCGCAACGCUGGCCGGACCUCUGCGCCAGUCUACCGGCCCUCUACGCUGAAAUGAUGGACAUCAGCAUGCAGUGACCCCAAGCCACAACUAGCUAUACGACAGGGAGAAAAAAAGGUGUCUUUUUUAUGGUGUUCUUGCAAAUAGAAAUUCUGGUUAUUUGUCAGUUGCUAAUAACAAGUGUCGCAGUUCGAGAUGUGUUAACCCUAACCCCCAUCGGGUAUUCUUCAGGUACCCUGCUAAAUGCAACAUA